AUGUUAAGGCGACAGGGACUAGGGAAAUGUUUCAUAAGGUUCCAAAGCCAGUUUGCCUUCAAAAAGUGGGCUGAUCUGAAUCUAUCGCAGAAGCAAGAAUUUGUCCAAGGCUUUGUCGAAAACUAUAGAAAGCAGUAUCCAGGUUCAAAGACAAAUGUCUCCUUGAAGGGCUUAUCAAUAGGUAUGGAAAACCACGGAGACGCACCUGCAGUAUUUGGUAUAUUUUAUGAUGAUGUUUGGGGCCUAUGUAAGAAGUCUAAAGAGGCUCUAUAUUCUCAAGAAGAGCAAAUAGUGCGAAGAAACGAUAUCAAGCAAACUGGUAGAUUUGGCCACGAGAGCUUUUAUGAUCUUUUGGUUGAGCACGAAGCCUGA